AUGAGGUCAGGCAGCAAGGAAUGGGCCUCGCAAACCCCAGAGCCUGGCAGGGGGAAGAGCAGCCAGCUUCGAGGCGGGGCUGGAGCACGAGAGCAGGCUGACAGGGCUCUUUCCCUGGAGGGCCUGGGCGGCCCUGGCUUUGGAAUGGACACCAGGGUGUCACAAGUGAAUGGUGCAACUGUAAGAAAACCAAACUUCCACACGCUCAUCCGGGUCCAGGUGAUAAAGCUGGUACCAGCUGUGAAGAAACUCCAGGGCACUUGGAGUCAGGUUUCCAGGCAUUGCCUUGCUUCUUCUCUGCAGCCCCAGAACCCUAACGAGGGGGCUGAGUACGCCUAG